CGUGUAUGCACAUAUAUUUCAAUUAAAAGUAAAAGUAUCGUGGAAUGUGAAGUAUUUCGGUGUUUGGUCGUAGUUAUACGUCAAACGCAUCGUUAAAAUGCCGUUUAAAUUCCAUUUGAAGAAAAGUCGACAAUAUAACGUGGUCUCGAAAAACCAGUAUGUGAUCUGCAUAGAACUGUUGGAUACUACUUCUAUAGAAUGCACACUGAGCAUUGAUAGCCUUGGUCAGGAAUGUUUGGACAAUGUGACUCAACGAUUAGGACUAGGACAACCUGAAUUCUUUGGUCUACGUUAUAUUUCCCGGCAUGAUUCUCCAUCUCCAAGAUGGGUUGAUAUGGAUAAGCCAUUAAAAAAGCAAUUGGAAAAAGAAGCUAAAAACUUUAGUCUAUAUCUGAGAGUCAUGUACUAUGUUACCGAUGUACAACUUAUACAAGAUGAAAUGACAAGGUACCACUAUUACCUUCAGUUGAAAAGUGAUGUUCUGGAAAGUAGAUUUCAAUGUAAUUCCAGACAAGCAACGCUAUUAGCCAGCUACUCGAUGCAAGCAGAAUUUGGUAACUAUGAUGCAGAACGACAUACUAUGGAAUGCUUACAACAAUGUACAUUAUUUCCUAAGGAUGUUAUUCAAGCAGAUCCUGGAGGCCAAGAUUCUCUUUUGCAUACUGCAGUAUGCCAGUAUAAGAAUCUGAUCGGUGUAACUCAAGCUGCAGCAGAGGAACUGUACAUUUCUAUUGUUAUGCAGUUAGAAGGAUAUGGAAAUGAAACAUUUUCUACUAAGGACAAUGGUAACAAUGAAGUGAUACUAGGAAUUUCCAUCAAUGGGAUUAUGGUUGUUUACCCUAACACACAAACAACACAAUUCUAUAGGUGGAAAGAUAUAAGUAAUGUAAUCAAUCACAAAAAGACAUUUAGAAUAGAAUGUCAAGCAGAAGGCGAGGAGCCAAAACAAUUCAUAUUUACCGAGUCACGCAAUGCAAAAUAUGUGUGGCGCUUGUGCAUAGCUCAACACACAUUUUACAUGCAGCAUCAAGAAUCCCGGCCAAUAGAGAGAUCGACUAACGGAUAUUUCGACAGCGACACGAAUGACUCGGGAGAUCAUGCGGUGUCAGUAAAUUUGGACAACAGAAAUACAGAGGGUCACACGAGGUGGACUAGUUACAACGAUUUGUCAACAUCGCCCUAUCCUGUUGUAUCCGUAUCGUCAACAGACAUCAACAAUUUACGUGCCUUACUUCCGUCCUAUAGACCAGCACCUGAUUAUGAAACUGCUGUUCAAAUGAAAUAUAAUAAUGGAGGAAAUCCACCUCAGCCUUAUUAUGCUAAUCAAUCUACGAUUGUAGGAGCAGAAAUUUCGUGCCUUCUUGGAAAUGUGGUUAAUCGAAGUAGAUACUAAAAUUAUAAACUAUAAGGUCUAUCAUCAAAGGUUGUAUCAAAUAAGAAACACGAUCGUCCCGAAUAUUAUAGGUGUUCUUAAAAAGCAGUAUUUUUUAACACUUAUUUACACACACGCCUUUGAGAAAAAUAAUAAGAAAUCUUACAGAGAUUAAUGGUAAAGACUGA